CAGGUUGUGACUUGUGAGUGGGCUCUGUCGGGCCGACCCUGGCAUUUUCAUGCACGCCUCAGAACUUGCAGCCAACAGACAAAACGAGCAAGUCUGAUUGGCCCAUUUGUGAGGGAUAGCGCCCAGCCUCACAUAUGCCAUUGGUUCCCAGUGCCUUGUGAUUUCAGGGCAAAAGGUGUGGGUGUGAUGUGGUGUUGUGGAGCUCGAAGCGAGAUGAGUGAAAGAGAGGAGCAUAAAUUGCUGAAUACAGAGAGCCCACAAGGGAAUCCAUCUUUUGCUUUUAUUUGGACACCCAAAUCACCUCGGACGGAAGCCCUCAAGAUGGAUUCACGGGAUUCGACAGACUCGAGGUCUUCGACGGCAACACUGCCAGAAGACCUAGACUUCACGCCCGAAGAAGUCCCGGAUUACCUUUUUGCUGACGAAGAUGCCAGGCAGGCAACGAAGCGAUUCGUCGUUGCGGUUGACUUUGGCACAACAUACUCAGCCGUCUCAUAUGUUGCCCUAGAGAAGGGAGAGUCGACCGAAACCAUUGGAUUGAAUCGCAUACGGUCAAUUAAGAAUUAUCCCGGCGACAGGAACAACGAUUCGGGUGACCGGAUGAAGUUUGAGGUCCCUACAGAAGUUAUCUAUCCCUUGGAUAAACGGUUCCGCGAGAAAGACAAUCUGGCAUUCAAUGAAAGGAACCAGAGAGAAGUCCCCAGCGGCGGAGAAGAUGCCGAUGCGGAUGCGGACACUUCUGACGAGAAUCCCGAAGCAACCGACGGCGAAGACGCGGACGGUGACGUGGAAAUGCUUGAUGUGGAUAUGGAAGACGACGUGCCGUCCUUCCGCUGGGGAUACGGGGUCCAUGAAGCCUGGAGUUAUCCAGAGAUGCAUUCCGACGCAACGAACAAGCCGCUGGCGCGAUUCAAGCUGUUACUCGACAACAGUCCCGUCACGAAGGAGGUUCGAGAGAAUCUCAGUCAUACAAUCGACACACUGUGCGAAAAGAAAAUCAUCAAGAACAAGGACUACUCUCCAGCAGUCGACAUCAUCGCCGAUUAUCUAACCUGUCUCCUGCGCCAUGUCAAGAACGAGCUCACCGAAGUUGGAUUCACGAAGGACCACGCCCUCGAAAUGGUCCUGUGUGUCCCGGCAAUAUGGACGCAAAAGGCGUGUCGGGACAUGCAGACUGCCAUGGCAAUGGCUAUGAAGAGAGCCGGGCUUCAAGGCGUCGAUGCCCAGAAUAACAGCAUCGAGAACCUCUUCAUCGUCUCCGAGCCCGAGGCCGCUGCCGCUUACGUUCUGGAGCUGAACCAUGAAAUUAUUCCCGGUGAUACAUUCGUGUUGCUCGAUGCCGGUGGAGGCACUGUCGAUGUCAACACCUAUACAGUUGGCCAGACUACUCCGCUGAGGCUCUCUCGCGAAGUGGUAAGGCCCCACGGGGGACUCUUCGGGUCCAGCUAUAUCAAUCAGGCUUUCCGGAAACUUCUUCGGGGGCUGAUCAAGGAUGAAGAUUACCUCGAACAGGGGUUGGAAACGUUGGACGGAAUCGUUGAAAAGUACAUGAUCGACGAGUUUGAGUACAAGUUCAAGCGGAGUUUCGAUUAUGACAUGACAACUGGCCGAAAGCGAGUGCAAAUCCCCUACUUGAGAGAAAACCUUCAGAGAGGUAUCAGGUUGAGUUCCUUCUGGAUUCCUAGGGCGAAGAUCAGGGAAAUGUUCAGCACCUGUUUCAACGGCAUCGCCAAGCUCAUGGAAGACCAAAUCGAGGCUGCCAAGCUGGAAGGGGUCCAAGUUGAUAAAGUAAUCCUCAUUGGCGGCUUUGCAUCUCUACGUUCGCUCCAGAAGUUCCUGGACAGGCGACUCCGAGACUAUGAAGAAGCUAACUCCUGCAAAAUUGACUUGAUCACUCCUCCUAACACUGCCACAGCAGUUGCUUCCGGGGCUGUCUUGCGAGCGCUCAAUAAGGAACAAGGCCCGAGGAGGUUGGCCCGGUCAAGCUAUGGCAUCCUCAGAACCGAACCAUUCGAGGAGCAGGAGCUUCCAGAGCACAAAGGCGUCAAGCCAUUUGUUGAUCGCUUGGACGGGCAGGAGUAUGUCAAGGACACGAUCGACUGGAAACUCAAAUUGGGCCGUGAAGUUGAACCCGCCUGGAAAUGCGAGCCGUUCCUCUGCAGUCAUACAUUCAAAAUAACCGCCCCCAAGCUAGUCUGCAAGGAGGUGCUCUACGUAUCGGAUAGAUCGACAGAAUCGCACUACAAGAAGAAGCAUCCAAAGAACGAAGGCGCCGAGAAGGUAGGCGAGAUCAUUGUCGACUUCACCUUCCUCCGCGACCAGGGCUUGAUUCGGCCUAUAGAGCCGGCUCCCGGCUCGAAGGGGAAGAGACACUACAGGAUCAACUACACGAUGGGCAUCAGGGUUGUGGACAGGGACUUGAAAUGCGUCGCGGUUUACAACCAGCAAGUCGUGAAGAAGUGCCAGAUCAAUAUUGCGCCGGCUUUUUGUCCAGGCGUGAAAUGAUGUUUCACUGCAACAGGGGGCGGCGAGGUUCUUCUGUUGUUUAGGACCAUUUACCUAUCUUCGUUGGAGUUGUGGGAAUCUAGACUCCAUCAUCAUAAAGGGAGUUCCAACGCGGCUGUAGCGUUUACCUCAGACGGGAUACAUCGGCUUUGUCGGGGGAUUCAAAUCCUGGUAUUAAAUCGUUGAAAGUCUACCUCAGUGGGUGACCCCCUACAGACUCCAAAAGCCAGCUCGAUAUCCGUGAUAACGUCGGGGCAGCGAAUGAGGAACUCUAACUGUAUAUUUGAAAGCAUAGCUUGCCAACGCCUCUGACAAUAAGGUGUAGUUAAGUAGCUCACUACGUUAUUUGCAAUCUCACCUUGAGGAAGCCCUAAUUAGCCAACUCUUCCUCCACAAAUACGGUUGCCUGAGAUAGAAAGCGGAACCCGUAGGGGACGUCUAAUUAAUCGAAGACGAGGACAAC